UAGACUUCCUAUCAGUUGUACAUCUCUCUGUUCCGCGCUGUGGGCUGUUCUCUCGCAAGUGCGCRCGGAUUGCCCCGCAACAUAGGCUAGUGCAUGAGUAAAUCUCAGCAGGUUGCUUGCUGAGGAUAAUUAUUAAACAGUGACUCCAGUACAUGGACUGACUCAUUUAUUUUGGAGACUUCGGAAACACAAGAGAAUUGGAGCCGGACGAGACGRAUGAGGAUAAAAUACAGACGUAUAUUUUUAUGCAUGGGCAUUAUGUAUACUUUARCCGCGAAAUAAAUGAUGUUCUCAUUUUUUUGUGCUUUUCUCGUCAGUCCGUUGACCUAUUGGAAAAAUACAUACAUUUCGAAGAAGUGACGGGGUUUCAGAAUGUGUACUCUGUUCUUAACAGUUCUACUCGGAGCGGCGAGACGUUUGCGGAGAACUUAAGCUACACCGAGCCGUGCCAGCCGUGCACCCGCUGCAUGGGCCUUCUCCGCAUGCAGACGCCCUGCACCGACUCCAACGAUGCCAUCUGUGURUGCGACUACGGCUACUACCUCAACGAGCUGUCCAGCCAGUGUCAGAGCUGCACCAAGUGCCCUGAGGGCCAGGGCAUGCUCUACAGCUGUGAACACGACCGCGACACCGUGUGCGAGGAGUGCACCAGAGAUACCUUCUCUGACCAAGAGAGUUCGCGGGAGCCCUGCCUGCCCUGCACCAUCUGCGACGAGGACGACGAGCUGGAGAUCCAGGCCUGCAACUCCAUCAGUGACACCGUUUGCCAACUCUUCUCCUCCAUCUCGCCCCCUCCUCCUGGGGGCUCGUCCCUGCCCUCGUUCACCGACGAUGACAACCUUUUCCCAUACGGCCCCACGGAGACCGCCACCACCACCACCACUACCAGUACAAUCAAGUUCAUAGGUGACGAGCUGAACAAGAACCUCAUCCCCAUUUACUGCUCCAUCUUGGCAGCCGUUGUGGUGGGCCUCGUAGCCUUCAUCAUCUUUAAGAGGUGGAACAGCUGUAAGCAGAACAAGCAGGGRGCCAACAACUGCACAGCAAAUCAGAACCAGACUCCAUCGCCGGAGGGGGAGAAGCUGCACAGCGACAGUGGCAUAUCGGUGGAUAGCCAAAGCCUACAGGAGCAGCAAGGCCAGGGGCAGACUCAGGCACAGACAGUGGUCACUGUGGAUGAGGAGCCUUGUCUGCUCCUUCCCCUCCACACGCGAGAAGAGGUCGAGAAACUCCUCUACAGGGGCGGAGAAGGGGAGGGCUACAACCACACGGAGGACAGAGAUUGGUGCAGCCUGGCAGGGCUGCUGGGAUACCAGGAAGAGCGCAUCGCCACAUUCCGGCAGCAGGAACAUCCAGUCCGUGCACUGCUCUCUGAUUGGGCGAGCCAGGAUUGCGCCAGCCUGGACACGCUCUGCACGGCGCUGUGCAAGAUCAACCGCGAAGACAUCGCACAGAGCCUUGUGCUCAGCCCCAACACCGUCAAACCCACUGCCACGUCUGCGGUGUGACCAUUUAACCAUUACCGCCAAUACUACGAAAAUCUCACUGCAACAUCAUAGCCAAACUCACUCCUCCCGCCCCCCCGCCACAGUCCAUCCAUACUGUGACUAUUUAACCGACUACACCAACCAUCUGAGCAAUUACACCAAUGCCAAACCAUUCAGAUCGGCAAACCAAAGUCUGAUCAUCCACACCUGAUGCCAAAACUACUGCUAUCAAUCCGCCAAGACUCAGCCCAGACCUAAAUCGAACAUUUCUGCGAGACUUCGGCAGCCACUGCAUCCCUUACCUCCUUCAUGGUCCUUCAUAACCGUGCUGCAUCGUGUGAAACCUAUUGCUUCCCAUUCCGCUUGUGAACCUAUGUCAAACUCUGGCUAGUGCACUUUCAAGACACACAAACCCAUUAUGGUCAACUGUGGCCUUGUAACCAUACUACUGGAUGUUCAACUGUGUCUUCAGUGUGCCCAAAACAGUCAGGCACCAUUUUGCGCUGCUCUCUCACUAACCCUGAAMUAGCAAAGGUCUACACAACUCUGGGGAUUGCGCUUCAUUUUCAUUUUCUGUGCUUCUCUUUUGACUGAAAUAAUUAUUUUCAUCCAUUCCUCACUUGCAUGAACAUCACUUGGCAUUCAACACGUACAGUAAGCUACUAUUAUUCCUUUAUUUCAUUUUUGUUGUUCUGUACCACCAAAGUCUAGCUUAUCAACCCUACCUAUACCUAUUAUAACAUCUGGGCAUUCAAUUGUUUGUCAUUUAUUGGCAAAAUAUUCCAUUAUUUGUGACCAUUUGCUAGUCAAUCAAUGACUGUCGGUCACAGCUGAAUGGUGGUAAUUUCCAGCAGAGAUCAAGYACUGGAAAGAWAUAACGAGCUAGACUACAAAAGGUUAGGCAAGCACUAAACCCAAACCAAUUCUUAUGUGAAAAAAGCUAUUGCCAUAUCA